AUGGCCCCUGCAGGGGGGACAGUGAGGACGGGGUGGCAGCACCUGCAAGGGGACCGCAGGAACAGGGGCCAGAGCACGGAGCAAGGCCUCCAGCAGGUGGACGCCUUGGUGGCCCAGUACCGUCAUGGCUGCCUUUGGUGGGGGCUUCCCUGGCUGCCCGUCCUGCUCCUCUUCCACCCCAGCACCCUCCAGCCACUCCUCAGUGCCUCAGCUUUCGUGGUCCCCAAGGACAAAAUUUUCUACGGCUUCCUCAAGGCCUGGCUGGGGGAGGGGCUGCUGCUGAGCGGCGGGCAGCACUGGGCGCGGCACCGGCGGCUCCUGACGCCCGCCUUCCACGGGGACGUGCUCCGGAAUUACCUGGGAAUCUUCAACCAGAGCACCCGCGUGCUGCUCGCCAAGUGGGAGGCAGCAGCAGCAGCAGCUGGCGGGGGGCCGGUGGAGUUGGAGGUGCUGCAGCCCCUGAGCCUCCUCACCCUGGACACGCUCCAGAAGUGCAUCUUGAGCCACGAGAGCCACUGCCAGGAGCGACCCAGCGAGUACCUCCAGGCCAUCCUGGAGCUGAGCUCGUUGGUGGUCCGGCACCAGCUCUGGCCACUCCUCCACCCGUGGUGGCUCUACAGCCUCUCCUCUGACAGCCGGUGCUUCGCCACUGCCUGCACCACCGUCCAAGCCUUCACCGCCAACGUGGUGCAGCGCCAGCGCCACGCACUCGCCUCCCUGGGCCACCAGGCCUGGCUGGAUGGCCACCAGGGACACAGCAUGGACUUCAUCAACCUCCUGCUGCUCACCAAAGAUGAGAACGGCCACACCCUGUCAGAUGAGGACAUAGCAGCUGAGGCUGACACCUUCAUGUUUGAGGGCCACGACACCACGGCCAGUGGCCUGGCAUGGCUCUUCUACAACCUGGCCAGCCACCCUGAGCACCAGGAGAGGUGCCGCCAGGAGGUCCAGCAGCUCCUGGCUGGCAAGGACACUGCAGACAUUGAAUGGGAGGACCUGUCCCAGCUGCCCUUCACCACCAUGUGCAUCAGGGAGAGCCUUCGGCUGCACCCUCCUGUCACUGCUGUGUCCCGGCGCUGCACCGAGGACAUCCCCCUGCGUGAUGGCCGUGUCAUCCCCAAGGGGGUCAUCUGCCUGAUGAGCAUCUAUGGGACCCACCACAACCCAGACCUCUGGCCCAAGCCCAAGGUGUUCAACCCCCUGAGGUUCAGCCCAGAGAACAGCAAGGGACGGUCCCCAUCAUCCUUCAUCCUCUUCUCUGCUGAGCCCAGGAACUGGGGCCGUGGUGGCAGGAACUGCAUCAGGCAGAGCUUUACCAUGGCUGAGAUGAAGGUGGUAGUGGCACUGACCCUGGCCCGGUUUGUGCUGCGGAGGGAUGCAGCGAGGCCACCCCCGCGCCGCAAGCCCGAGCUGAUCCUGCGUGCCGAGGACGGGAUCUGGCUGCUGCUGGAGCCACUGGUGGGACUGGCCUGAGGGACACGGGCCACCACGACAUGGGGACACUCUGCAAGGUGUCUGGAGGAAGAGCAGGGAAUUAACGGUAGCAUGAAGGGGACAGUAUCGUGGUGGUGGUGGGGAUGUGUUGUCCUUGGUCAUGGCAAACCUCAUGGCAUGGACAUGGACACCCACGGACUUGUCCCCUAGGCCACUUGACACCAUCCAUGGCCACGUCCCUCAUGUCCUCAUGCAUGGUCAUACAUGCCCAUGUCACCUUCUGUGUCUGUGACCCCCCC